AGAGAAAGGCCACGUGGUACCGUACUGUGAACGGCGCAUUUCACUCGGAGCUGGACCGAGGGGACGCAGCUGAGAGGUGUGAGGAACUUCUUCCUUACUCGUCUAAAUGAGAAUCAAAGAAGACGUGGCUUCUUUCACAAUCCAGAACUGAAAAUUUUUUCGUCUAUCUAUCUGUGUUUAUUUUUUUGUUUUUUUUUUUUUUUUGGGGAGUUCUAGGGGUUAAGUUCAACAUCGAAAGGUUUUGCAGCCCUUCACACGGAUCAAAUUCUUCACACGUUUUUCUUGUCUGAAUUCAGCAGGUUACGCCAAUAUGCUUAUAUGCUCUCCCAUCAGCACUUCUGCUAAGAGUUUUGUCUACCUGAGUGCUUGUGUUCAAUCACAGAUGGGUAGCAACAUCUGCACUGCAAUUUCCCGUGGACCUUCCAGUUCAUGUUGCUUCUCUGUGUACCCUGGGCAUUCAAAAACAAGCUACAAGAGCUUCUCUGUCUCCAACACAAUAUCUUCUCCACCCAUCCCUGGCCAAACAAUUCAGGGGAGAUGCUUUGGAUCUUUCUUCACCUAUGAAAGAGGAAGCUUCCGAGUCAAAUGUUUAGGUGGUGUUAGAGGACCUCAGAGGGAACACGUUGAAAUUUCAUUGGCAUGCCAAAAUUUAAAUAUUAGGCUUUCUGUCCCGAAAAAAGGAAUGCUGCCUAGAAUCAAGUGCAAUGUGGGGCCAAUCGGUUGGCCACAAGGAUGUGCUUCUGCUGGCUUAAUGUUUGGAUUACUGGUUUGUUAUUCAAGUUCUGAAAUGGCUCGUGCUGAAGCAGCUCGAAAGGAGGAUAAGGAAGAUGAUUGCAAUGAGUCAUAUGUUAAAUUCUCACAUGGGAAAAAAGUCUACACUGACUACUCUGUCAUUGGAAUACCUGGAGAUGGGAGAUGUAUGUUCCGCUCUGUUGCUCACGGGGCUUGUUUACGAUCUGGGAAGCCAGCUCCAAGUGAGAGCUUUCAGAGAGAAUUAGCAGAUGACUUGCGGGCUAGGGUUGCAGAUGAGUUUAUCAAAAGAAGGAAAGAGACGGAAUGGUUUAUUGAAGGAGAUUUUGAGUCAUAUGUUUCCCAAAUAAGGAAGCCACAUGUAUGGGGAGGCGAGCCUGAACUGUUCAUUGCUUCACAUGUUCUCCAGAUGCCAAUUACAGUCUACAUGUACGAUGAAGAUGCUGGUGGCUUGAUAUCCAUUGCGGAGUAUGGCCAAGAGUAUGGCAAGGAAAAGCCAAUUAUGGUUCUCUACCAUGGUUUUGGUCAUUAUGAUGCGUUGCAGAUUCCUGGAAAGAAGGGCGAUAGAUCGAGACUUUAGUUUGUAUAUUCUUGAUAGACAGAAGAGUGGAUGCUGUUUGAAUAAUAUCCAACAAAAGGCAUAUUCAAUCUGCAUCAUUCUCUGUAUUCUACAUGUCAUAAUCAACGAGUCUAAUAAAACAAUCGUGAUAAUAGUGUUAGUGACA